GUAAACACAAAACAGAUGUGUAACACAUGCAUAAACGGUCACACUGUUAGCCAACAGCAAGACGCACAUUUUUGUUUAUAAUUCUUAUUUUUAUUUAUAUUAUAAAGUUGUAUGCAACAUUAUUACAAAACUAUCAUUAGAACCAUGGCAAGCAAAAAGGCGACACUGUCAAGUAAACUGGCUAAGCAGGUCAAGCCAGAAAAACCAACUGUGAAGACCGGGUUGUGGGAUAUUGAAGAAUUACCCAGCGUUGCUGCUGCACGUUACUUUUCACCUGUUCAGACUCGCAAACAACGACAAGUGAAUUCGCUGCCAGAAUCAAAUUUGCCCGCCAAAAAAUCGCGCCUUGCUGUAAUUUCAAAAACCUCCAAAAUCCAAAUGGGCAAAGCAACAAUUAUAAAAUGUGAGGUGGUGCCGGAAUGUGACAAGGUACCAGAAAUUAAAGCAGAAUCAGCCACCACAGUAAAAAUCGAACCAGACUUCCCCAACAUCAAUUGGCUGCAGCAUUUGGAAAAUAUUCGCUUGAUGCGCAGCGAAAAACCCGCGCCGGUUGAUACAAUGGGUUGCCAUAAAUGUGCCGAUGCGAAUGCGAAUGAAAAGACGCAACGUUUCCAUAUAUUGGUGGGUCUCAUUCUAUCCAGCCAGACGAAAGAUGAAACCACCUUUGAGGCAAUGAACCGCCUGAAGGCGCAAACUCUAACUCCUGCUCGCCUGAAGGAUCUACCUGUCGAGGAAUUGGAGCGUUUACUUCAUCCGGUUAGCUUCUAUAAAAACAAAGCCAAAUACCUAAAGCAAACCUCAGAAAUACUCGUCGACAAAUACAACGAAGAUAUUCCGAACAAUAUCAAGGAGCUAUUGAAGCUACCUGGAGUAGGUCCCAAAAUGGCGCAUAUUUGCAUGGCGACGGCUUGGCAAGAAAUUACAGGCAUUGGCGUCGACACGCACGUGCAUCGCAUUGCCAAUCGUUUGGCAUGGCUAAAGAAGCCCACCAAGGAGCCGGAGCAAACGCGCAUUCAGCUUGAGAGCUGGCUGCCUCGUCCACUCUGGGCAGAGGUGAAUCAUUUGCUUGUGGGCUUUGGCCAAACAAUUUGUACGCCUGUCAAGCCCAAUUGCUCUGAGUGCCUCAACAAGGAUAUCUGCCCAGCUGCUUUGUUACCCAAGAAGAAAUAAGAAAGCUCAAAUAGAAGAUAAACAUAUUUUAAAGUCUUUAAGUGAAAAGCGAAGCUUAUUAAUAUAGAAUUUGCAUUAAGCUCAAUUUGUAUGGUAGAGUCAAAUAUAAAAAUAUAAAAGAUAAGAUUAGAGAUCAGUACUUAAAAAUAUAAGCAAUUGUUCCUAUAAAC